AUGGCCAUCGCCGGAGUGCGUAAUGUCCGGCCGCGGCCGGACGCUGUCGAGGAAGACUUCGACGACUCCGAAUUGAACCGAUCGAGUGGCGAUGAGAUGGCAAGCAUGAGCGAGGCCGAGAAUCGCGACGAUGAUGAUGAUAAUGAUGAUGAGGACGACGACGACGAUGAAGCUGUCGAGGCAAAGCUCAGCAAUGUAUCCUUUGGAGMAUUGCAGAAGGCACAAGAGUCUUUGUCGCGCAAACGUAAAAGAGGAUCAGAGAGUAGUGUGACACAGGACGACAAGCUAGAGGCUUUGAGAGACAGGCUGCGUCAGAUCAAGGAAGAAAGGGCUACUACUGCGAGGUCCGAGCCCCCGAGCAAGGCAAAACGGAAGAGGAGUGACAAGAAGGGGGUAGAAUCGGAUGGUGAAGCGGAGUCAGACUCCGACUCAGCACCUUCUGAAGAGGAUGCUCCCACGAAAUCACGUACCUCCAAGCAUGCACCUGGUACACAGUCCACCCGGCACCAAGUCACACGCAAACGUGUCGUGGUCGACGUACCAAAGCGAGUCGUGCGAGAUCCUCGAUUUGACGCAUUGCAGCAACACAACGCACACACCGGCAACAGUGAGAAGGCGUACAGCUUUCUCCGCGACUAUCGGAAGGCUGAGAUGGACGAGCUGAGAGCUGCCAUCAAGCGUACGAAGAAUGAAGACGACAAGGAUGUUCUGAGACGUAAGCUGGGAAGCAUGGACAACAAACUGAAAGCCAAAGAUGCAAAAGAUCGCCAGCAGGAGAUCUUGCGGCGCCACAGGAAGGAGGAACGAGAGAAGAUCCAGCAGGGUAAAACACCAUACUAUCUCAAGAAAAAGGACAUCAAGGAGCAAGCGCUAGUGGAGAAGUUCAAGGGGAUGAAGAGCAAGGAUCGCGAAAAGCUGAUCGAGAAGCGUCGCAAGAAGGAGGGACAGAAGGAGAAGAAGCGCAUGCCCGACGCGAGGAGAAUGGCGGGUUGA